AUGAUGUCUGGUGCAGCAUGCUUUGCCGGCUUUCGCUUUCUUGACAACGGCUGCAGCUGGUAUGAGACCAACCACUUAGGAGGCUGCCUUCGCCUUUCCUCUCCUCGGCCACAGUGCAGCGCGGCCGCGGACACCAACACUCAGAGGCACCUCCGACAGGCGGAAGGCCGGAGCACGCCAGAGCACACACUUGCAGUUCUGAUGCCGUACCGCGGCGCUGGGCGAGUGGGUGAUCUUCACAGUCUAUGCUCGCGACUACCCGCCCACCUUGAGGCGAUCGGCGUCCAGUACCGCCUCUUCCUCCUCAACCAAGUCGACGCGCUCCCCUUCAACCGCGGCGCACUUGUCAACGCGGCGGUGCGGCUGAUGGGCGAGACAGACGGACUGGUCUUGCAGCGCAGCGGGAUGCCGCCACCGGUGUUUGACUACCUUGCCAUUCACGACAUCGAUCGUUUCCCCGUGCGGAAUGGCAGAGGCGGCAGAGUAGCCUGUGACAACGCAACCGCUGAGUAUUACUCGUUUCCCCAUCCCUCGCCGCGGGUGCUGCACCCGUCGAGCUUCGCCGGCGGCGUGCUGGUCCUGCAGCGCGCCCACUUCGAGGCGGUCAACGGCUUCUCAAACGAGUACUGGGGGUGGGGCGAGGAGGACAACGACCUCUUCCUGAGGUUGCGCUGGUGCGGCUGGGCACCUCGCCAUGGCCAGCAGCUCGAGUCGUGCAUGGAGCACCGCGACUGCCGCCUCUGCGCUCGGCAGAAACGGGCCGUCGACCCACGCCGCCUCCAGCUACACAGGGAGCGCGUGGGAGCGCAGCUGGCGCGACCAUCGCGGCACAUGGAUGCCGCAUUCGACGGCCUGCACACAGCCAACUUCACUGCGCUGCGGCGGACAACCCGCCGGUGCGGCGUCGGAGAGAGCGUGCACGUGAUCGACGUCGCUCUUGAACGCGCCGAUGAGAUUGUAUAG